UGAAGAAUGAAGUUCAUUUGGAUGGUUGUUCUACAGUCCACUGAGCAGGGAGUAUCAGAAAACCCAAUCAAAAUCAGACAUUCAGAUAAGAACAGGAAAAAUGGUGAGAAAAUUUCAAUGAGAAGAAGUAUUUGAAAAGAAAAGAGAAAAGUUUUCACCAAGAACACUGAGGGUGGAUUGGAUUGGAUUGGAUUGGAUCGGAUUGGAUCUGUGUUGUCUCAGCGUCGGUGGCUUUUCUGUAACCUCUGACCCUUGGAAUUCCUUCGAUCUUCUUCUUCGACCAUCACAUCAUUUUUUUAACGAAUCCUCUGGAUCUCCAUUUUUCUCCUUCGAGAUUGAGUUUCCAUGAAGUAAACUCGAGUUGUUCCUUGUUCCUUGCUUGUUUUGCUUAGGAUCGAGGAGGAUCUUCGAUUCAACCAGCACCCAUGGAGGUCGAUCCAAAUUCUGGGAAAUCGUCGAAACAGAUUGGGGGCGGCCAGGUUUGUCAGAUCUGCAGCGAUUCCGUCGGCACGACGGCUGACGGCGAGCCGUUUGUUGCGUGUGAUGUUUGUGCGUUUCCGGUUUGCCGUCCCUGUUACGAGUACGAGAGGAAAGACGGGAAUCAGUCUUGCCCUCAAUGCAAGACCAAAUACAAGUGGCAUAAAGGAAGUCCUCCGGUUCAUGGAGAGGCAGUGGAAGAUGGUGAUGGUAAUGGAACGGAAGGGGCGCAAGAAAGGCAUCAUAAGAAGCCAGAGCGCACGCUUAGCUGGGAUACCAAUUAUGAUAAGGAAGGAUCGUUUAAUCACAUUCCUUUGCUCACCACUGGACGAUCUGUUUCUGGAGAACUGUCUGCUGCAUCUCCAGAGAGGCUCUCCAUGGCAUCGCCUGAAAGUGGGAGUCGCGCUAACUAUAGAAUCAUGGAUCAAUCGAGAGACUCGGGAUCGGCUAGGUUUGGCAAUGUAGCUUGGAAAGAGAGGAUAGAUAGUUGGAAGGUGAAGCAGGACAAGAGUGUGCCGCCGAUGAGUGUUAGUCAUGCUCCUUCGGAAGGGAGGGGUGGUGCUGAUUUUGAUGCUAGCACUGAUGUCAUGAUCGAUGAUUCUUUACUGAAUGACGAAGCUCGUCAGCCUCUAUCGAGGAAGGUUUCUAUUCCGUCCUCUAGGAUUAACCCUUAUAGGAUGGUCAUAGUUCUGCGGCUUAUUAUUCUUUGCAUCUUCUUGCACUACCGAAUUACAAAUCCAGUUCCGAAUGCCUUUGCUCUGUGGUUAAUAUCAGUGAUUUGUGAGAUAUGGUUUGCUGUAUCUUGGAUUUUGGAUCAGUUCCCCAAAUGGCUUCCGGUCAACCGGGAGACAUAUCUUGAUAGGCUUGCUCUACGAUAUGAUCGUGAAGGAGAGCCGUCUCAGUUGGCUGCUGUCGACAUAUUUGUCAGUACUGUCGACCCUCUGAAAGAACCUCCCCUUGUCACAGCCAAUACGGUCCUAUCGAUUCUCUCUGUGGACUAUCCAGUCGAUAAAGUUUCUUGCUAUGUAUCAGAUGACGGAGCUGCUAUGUUAACAUUUGAAGCUUUGUCCGAAACAUCAGAAUUUGCAAGAAAAUGGGUUCCCUUCUCCAAGAAGUACAGCAUUGAGCCACGAGCACCCGAAUGGUAUUUUUCUCAAAAGAUCGAUUACUUAAAGGACAAGGUUCAUCCAUCAUUCGUGAAGGAUCGGAGGGCGAUGAAGAGAGAAUACGAGGAGUUCAAAAUUCGUAUCAAUGGACUCGUUGCUAAGGCACAGAAAGUUCCUGAUGAAGGGUGGGUCAUGCAAGACGGUACGCCAUGGCCGGGAAAUAACACUAGAGAUCAUCCAGGAAUGAUACAGGUUUUCUUAGGCCACAGUGGAGGACUCGAUACUGAGGGUAACGAGCUCCCACGUCUGGUUUAUGUUUCUCGUGAGAAGCGUCCUGGUUUCCAACAUCACAAAAAGGCUGGUGCUAUGAAUGCUCUUGUUCGGGUAUCUGCCGUGCUUACCAAUGGACCCUUCUUGUUAAAUCUUGAUUGUGAUCACUACAUAAACAACAGUAAAGCGUUGCGGGAAGCUAUGUGUUUUAUGAUGGAUCCUAACCUUGGAAAAUCAGUUUGCUACGUUCAGUUUCCACAGAGGUUUGAUGGGAUUGAUAGAAAUGAUCGAUAUGCUAACCGAAACACUGUUUUCUUUGAUAUCAAUCUUCGAGGCUUGGACGGUAUUCAAGGUCCAGUUUAUGUGGGAACGGGAUGUGUUUUCAAUCGAACUGCGUUGUAUGGCUAUGAGCCCCCUCUCAAGCCCAAGCAUAAAAAACCAGGGCUAUUCUCGAGUUGCUUUGGGAAGUCGAAAAAGAAAAGUUCUAAAUCAAAAAGAAAAGAUUCUGAUAAGAAGCAAACGAGUAAAAAUGUCGAUCCCACUGUGCCAAUAUUCAACCUCGAGGAUAUUGAGGAAGGAGUUGAAGGUGCCGGGUUUGAUGACGAGAAAUCGCUGCUAAUGUCGCAAAUGAGCCUGGAGAAGAGGUUCGGUCAAUCGGCUGUAUUUGUUGCUUCCACGCUAAUGGAGAACGGUGGCGUGCCGCAGUCUGCCACUCCGGAAUCUCUCCUUAAAGAAGCAAUUCAUGUCAUCAGUUGUGGAUACGAGGAUAAAACAGACUGGGGAAGUGAAAUCGGAUGGAUCUACGGUUCGGUCACAGAAGAUAUUUUGACAGGGUUCAAGAUGCACGCCCGUGGUUGGAGAUCGAUCUAUUGCAUACCGGACCGUCCUGCAUUUAAAGGGUCUGCUCCCAUUAAUCUUUCUGAUCGUCUUAACCAAGUGCUUCGGUGGGCGUUAGGUUCGGUUGAAAUUCUCUUCAGUCGGCAUUGUCCUAUGUGGUACGGUUAUGGUGGACGGUUGAAAUGGCUCGAGCGAUUUGCUUAUGUUAACACUACCAUUUACCCAAUAACAUCGAUUCCUCUUCUUGCCUAUUGUACCUUACCUGCAAUAUGUCUGCUCACUGGAAAGUUCAUCAUUCCUCAGAUCAGUAAUCUUGCCAGCAUCUGGUUCAUUUCGCUCUUUCUUUCCAUCUUUGCUACUGGUAUUCUGGAAAUGAGAUGGAGCGGUGUCGGGAUCGAUGAAUGGUGGAGAAACGAGCAGUUCUGGGUUAUCGGAGGUGUGUCGGCCCAUCUGUUUGCUGUGUUCCAAGGUCUUCUUAAAGUUCUUGCUGGGAUUGAUACCAACUUCACGGUUACUUCAAAAGCAUCUGAUGAAGAUGGAGAUUUUGCUGAGCUCUACUUGUUCAAGUGGACAACUCUUCUCAUUCCCCCAACUACUCUCCUUAUUAUCAACAUAGUAGGAGUUGUUGCUGGAAUUUCUUAUGCCAUUAACAGUGGCUAUCAAUCUUGGGGUCCCCUUUUCGGCAAACUGUUCUUCGCGUUCUGGGUGAUUAUUCAUCUCUAUCCCUUCCUCAAGGGUCUGAUGGGUCGCCAGAACCGAACUCCCACGAUCGUGGUUGUCUGGUCCAUCCUCCUUGCCUCAAUCUUCUCCCUUUUAUGGGUUCGGAUCGAUCCCUUCACAACUCGGGUAACUGGUCCUGACGUUGAACAAUGUGGAAUCAACUGCUAAAGAGUAUUGAACAAAGCAACACACUCGAACUGGAAUAUCGAAGUAAUGCAGGUACGUACGAUCCUAGCUUAUCGAUCGACAACGUGUUUAUUUAAGUUUAUUUGGUGCUGUGUUUGAGAGAUAGAUUGCAGAGGUUGAUGAUGAUCCUCUUCAAAUUUUUUGGUCUUCCCCCUUGGUGUUCUUUGUAUGUACAAACUUGUUAUUCUUUCUUCCCAUUAUUUAAGGCUUCUUGUGUACUUUUGUAAGCUUUAUAUUGAAAGAAAUGAUAUUGGGAAGUGUUUUAAUUAAAG